UCCUUGGGUACGUUGGGUGUUGGGAGUUGGCAGUGCUGGGCGUGUUUGGAAGCGGGCUGCAUGUGGGGCGGGGUAGCGAGGAAGCGGAAUGGGAGGCGGAGGUGGAGGGCUCGGGGAGGGGAGGGAAAGAUGAAUCUCAGGAGUCACAAUGUUGCGCAAGUCGGCCGCGAUCGCAUUUACAUCUUACAUUCCCUGCGGCCCACGGCCACCUCACCCUUGACACCGGGAGCAGUACUGCAAUUGGUUUGGUUGGCUUGGUUAGCCGGAAGGGCUUUGCUAGGGUUGAGGCUCUGGGAGGUUGAGUCGGAAACUGAACGAGCUGUACGACCAGGCUUCACCAGGGGUUGCGCAUUGGACCCAUCCCAUCCAACCCCACCAGAGGCUCUGGAAGGGGGCGCCCGUCCCAGAGCCACAUGGAGAACUGACUGGGUGGUUAGGAGUUGUCAUUGCGGGCGUGUUUAGGGCUAGCCCAUCAUGACCCAUGAGGCGUGGUAUGAAACAGCGUGGCUCCAUUCCCUGCUUCUGACUCUCGACUGCUUUAGCACGCCCCGUCAGCCAGGGUUUGAAGCCGCAUGCGCCGUCGCGGUCGCUUCUUACCUAAAUCCCGCAGAUCAACCAGCAUCACACCACCUCCACCUGCACUGCCUGCUGUUUUCUAGCAUGGUUGGGAACGCGCAACGUGUGCGAUGGUGCAAGGCCCUGCAACGUACGGAAGUUUAUGCAUGUAUGUGUCGUACGGCAACAAGUCAGCUAGGACCUAGGAGUUACUUUUGGUCGAUUUGGGCGGUAAGAGUUAUUGUGGCAUAACAAAGAUGUUUAAGUGUACUCUAUGCAAUCUUGAGGCACCAUUUAAGCACUUUGGCGCGAGCUUACCGGCAGAGACGGUAGCGACAGAAGGAUCGGGCGCCUGUAGAGUAGCGUUUCUGGAACAGGGAUGGCUUGCCGUUGACCCUUUCUCAGUCAAGCCACGGCCGCUCUUCCUUGGAGCCCCAUGUAGCAUCUGCAAUCAGCCAGUAUGCACAGCGGACACAUGCUCGCUCUUCUUUGCGAAGCGCUUUUGUGCACCAUGCGCGCGGCACAAUGCAUCAGCCUUUCCGCCUGCCGUCUUGAAAGCAUCUGCUCGGAUCUUCGGUAGCAGCCAACAGCAGCAGCAGCAGCGGGCAUCCGGGGGCGUUGGUUGACAGCGUGACACGUGAGCUUGACGGAUUACUGCGACACACAUGCAUGCCUACCUAUCCUCCACCCAUGCCUCGGGAGCUUUACCCCCCCCCCCCACCCUUUCCGUGAUUGCUGGCAGUCUUUCGUGUGGCGGGAAUCAGGCGCCCGCUGCGACUCGGCGGGAAGUGUGGCGGGAAGUGUGCAGCAGUGAUCGGCGCACUUGGUGUGGCUGAGCAGUGCAGAGCUCUCCUGUCUGUGCAGCACCGGGGCAUCUGCCGUGCACGACAUGGGGCGUGUUUCCACAUGUGGUUCCCAUCAGUCAGCUACUUGAGGAUGUAGGAGCGAGUCCAGGGGGACUGCCUGGGUGUCAUGCGCCUGGGCGCCUUACACCCGUAGACACGACAGCAAAGUGCUACCUGAUGAGCAAGCAGACGUAAACGGCACUGCGAAGGAUGUGAUGUGAGAUGGAGUGGUGUGAGGGUGAGUGUGGUUGCGACAUGUGGGGCUGAAGUCAGUAUUCGCGCGGAGGUGUGCGAGGGUUACAGUCGUGACGACAUGUGUGUGGUGGCCAACGUCAAUCAGUUUCGGUUUCUAGGGUUCCUGUUCUGCCGACGAUACAACUGUCGUACAGGUAAAGGCACAUUUCGGUGCUAAUCCCUUCUUCCAC